AUGUCGCCGCUGCCCACACCUGCUUCUCAGGAGCCCUCACCCACUGCAAGAACAAAGUCUCCCUGCAGAACUUGUCAAUGGUGCUUCGGCAGCUGCAGACCGAGUCCGGAGAUGAGCAUUCUCGUCAUGUCAUGGACAGCGUCCGGCAGGCCAACCUUCCUAUUCAUCCCAUCCUUUGCGUUCAGGUUCUUUACACAGCGGCUGUUGACCUUCCUCAGCUCUCUGCCCCUUCUGGAGAGAAAGAAAGCAGCUAUUGAUGUCAUUGAUCUUUUUAUCCCGUUGCAGGAGAAGGUUGACAGGAAAGCAUCUAGCAAUCCCGACCUUCAUCUCAACAGGGCGACGUUACAUAAAUAUGAAGAGAGUUACGGGGAGGCCCUAGAGGGUUUCUCCCAGGCGGCUGCACUGGACCCUGCAUGGCCAGAGCCGCGGCAACGAGAGCAGCAACUCAUGGAAUUCCUCACUAGGCUGACCAGCCUCCUGGAGAGCAAGGGAAAGACAAAACCCAAAAAGCUCCAGAGCAUGCUGGGAAGCUUGCGUCCAGGCCAUCUGGGCCCUUGUGGUGAUGGGCGAUAUCAGUCAGCCAGUGGACAGAAGGUGACCUUGGAGCGCAAGCCCCUGAGCUCACUGCAGCCUGGGGUGAACAGCGGUGCUGUGGUCCUGGGGAAGGUGGUGUUCAGCCUGACCGCAGAGGAGAAAGUCCCCUUCACAUUUGGCCUGGUGGACUCAGACGGGCCUUGCUAUGCGGUGAUGGUGUAUAAUGUGGUGCAGAGCUGGGGCGUGCUCAUUGGGGACUCCGUCGCCAUUCCAGAGCCCAACCUGCGGCAUCACCAAAUUCAGCACAAGGGAAAGAACUACUCCUUCUCCAGUGUUCGCGUGGAAACGCCCCUCCUGCUAGUGGUGAAUGGAAAGCCACAGAACUCCAGCAGCCAAGCCACCGCCACCGUGGCUUCGAGGCCACAGUGUGAAUGACCUGGUGGAGGGGGUGUUGUGAACGGAGACUUCUCUUUCUUCUCCCUCUGCAGAGCCAUUACCACCAUGUUUAUUCCCCUGCCUCUUCAGCUGUGCUGACUACAGGAAGGGGGAGACUUUUCCCCAAGUCCUGAGAUGUUUUGACAGUUCCCAAGAUCCCUGUUCUUCCCUCCUUUCUGAGUCUCAUAUGUAUGUAUAUAUCUUUACUAUUUAUUGCCAAGGGACUUAACUUUUUUAUGGCUUCAUUUUCGAGCUUUUUUUUUUUUUUAAUUUUUAGAUUUAAGUUCUGAUGGGUGUGGUGGGAGGCAGA